GCUGUCGUACGUCCGAGACUGACGGGCCCAUAGUGAGGAAUGGGGAGUCUGCAACUUCUCGGUGUCUGAGAUGCAGGAGAUCCUGGUCAUCUGCAAGGAACACGGAUACAUCCAGCCUACCGUGUUUCAAGGCGCCUACAAUCUCAUCGACCGUGCCUUCGAGACCGCUAUCAUCCCCCUGUUGCGCCAGCACCGCAUACGCCUUGCGGCGCACUCUCCCCUCGCAGGCGGAUAUCUCACGGGCAAGAUGCUUCCAAGAAGCCAGCAAUCUUCACCUUCAGAGAUUCUGAGUCACUUCGACCCAUCUUGGGGGCCGUCGUCAUAUUACACGAAACGCUACCUCCCCAUGGCGCCUGCGCUUGCCGAAUUGCAAGCCUUCGUGGCUGAGCGCGGGUUGACGCUGCGUGAGGUUGCGUACCGCUGGCUUCAGUAUCACAGCGCAAUGGCACCGGAGGACCACGGAUUGGUCGUCGGCGCGAGUAGCCUUGAACAGCUCGAGAGUACAAUUCUAGACUGCAAGAAAGGCCCGCUGCCUGACACUGUUUCAAGGAAUUCUCCAAGGAUUCAUGGGAGCCUUGACAGUCGAGUCCAUCUUCCCUGUGGUAGAAUUGGGAUUUUGUGUUCAAAUCAGUGUUUAUUAACGUUUAUUGGUUUGGUUCAGCUUGGAACGUGUUGAGACCACAGCCUGCGAGAGCCGUGGACAGGGCCUGGGUCAUACCCGCACGGCAAGCCAUGACUUGGAGCGGGUAACGUAGCAUACAUUAUUUAUGAUUAAUUUGGCUUUAGCAUGUAUAUUGUACUG